AUGUCUUUCCGCAAGCUUAGCCUUCUCGUUUUCAGUUCGCUGAUCAACUGCUUUUUUAGUGCUCACGUGGUGUUCGUGGAUCGGUUCACGUUCAUUGUCGAUGAUCACGACCUGUUCCUAUCCCAAAGCGCUAUUCUCGAACAGGAGUCGAAUCGCAGUUAUCUCUCGGGGCACAUGAUGAUUAAUCGGUUGGUCAAUGAUCUAACACUUGUUUCGUCAAUGGACAUUACGCGUCCUCCUCGACCGGAAAUGCGGCUCUAUUCUGUGAAAUUGAACUUCUGCUCCGUCUUAAAUAAUGCUUAUAAGAAUGGGUUUAUCAGAAUGCUUUACAAUAACUACGCGGAGUUUCUUAAUACCAAACCCAAGUGCCCACUUAAGCCGAAUUUCAAUUACACCCUAACUAGAGCCUAUGUCGACGAAGAUAUGUUACCAGAUCUGCUUCCGGAGUGCACUUAUCGCAUGAAAAUGUCUUUUCAGCAGAAAUCAAAGCUAUUCGCUCACAUGCAAAUUGAUGGAAGAUUGCUCACCAAACGUUAA